UUUGUGGUGACAAGUGAAAUCGGUGAAAUCUUUUUCAUAAAUUCUUUGAUUAUUUUGUAAAAAUGUCCUUCUUUGGGGUAGGAAAUCCCUUUUCUACGCCGGUGGGUCAAAAAAUUGAACAAGCUACAGAUGGCUCGUUACCCUCCGAAAAUUGGGCUCUUAAUAUGGAAAUAUGUGAUAUAAUAAACAGCAGUACCGAUGGGCCGAAGGAUGCAGUUAAAGCCAUAAGGAAACGGUUGACACAAAGCGCUGGCAAGAACUAUACUGUUGUCAUGUACUCAUUGACUGUUCUGGAGACCUGUGUGAAAAAUUGUGGAAAGGCUUUCCAUGCUCUGGUUUGUCACAAGGAGUUCAUUUCUGAACUGGUAAAACUCAUUGGCCCCAAAAAUGAUCCCCCAACAGUAGUGCAAGAGAAAGUCUUGAGCCUUAUCCAAUGCUGGGCCGAUGCUUUCCAGAACCAACCUGAAUUGCAGGGCGUAGUGCAGGUGUACAACGAAUUGCGUACUAAAGGAGUGGAGUUCCCUAUGACAGAUCUGGAUGCGAUGGCGCCAAUCUUCACACCACAGAGG